AUGGCUCGAAUCGAAGAGGCUCGUGGGUCAGUCCUCUCUGCGAUUCAACCCACACAAGAUGCUCCAAAAUUACAGGUUGACACCAUUACUGAGGCCCUCCAGACUAUUCAAAGCCAUGCGGCAUCAAAGGCAAACCAACCGACUGCAGGUGAAGGGCUCCCACCAGAAGAUGACUCUGCUGCCAAUCAACAGCUCCCGAGCCAAACAGCUGGUUGGGCUUCACAUGAAAGCUCCCCAUGGCCCCUAGAAGGGCCUCCCAACAGUGAUGACUCCGCCACUUGCCAACGUCCCCCAAACUAUCCCGCUAAUGGGACUGUAGAUGACAUCUUACCUGAUGAAGGCCACGCUGAGGCUGAUGAAUUGAUUUCAGAAGAUGGGGACGACACCAAUAAUAUGGGUGGCCUGACCAAACCACCUCCAUGGCAUCAGAUCAAUGAUUCUACUGAAAAACUAGAAUUUGAACACUGGAUGGCCGAUAAUGAAGAUCAUCACGAGCUGAUGAAUGAGGAUGAUGGACCAGACGAUGCUGAUGAUACCGAUGAUAUGAUAUACACUCCAUGGCAUGGAUUCAGUGAGAUUGAUGACUACUUAGAGUCAUCUGACCAGACGCCCAAAGCUGAAGAGUACGACGGCCCCGAGUUGAUUAAUGAGGAUAAUGGACCAGAUGAUGGAUGCGAUGCUGAUGAUACUGAUGAUAUUGCCUACGCUCCAUGGUGUGGGUUCAGUGAGAUGGAUGACUGCUUAGAGUUGUCUGACCAGACACCUGAUGAUGAAGAGUGCAAUGGGCAGAUGGAUGAGGGUGAUGGACCAGAUGGUGGAGACAAUGCCAACACCAGUCCCGAGACCUGCGUGCCUCCAUGGCAUGAGGUCAGUACAUUCAGAGGUGAAGGCCAUACUGGGAUGAUGGAUGAGGGCGAUGGAGAUGUCGAGGUGAACAUUGAAGGUGACAAUGAUAGUGAAGAGGAUGGUUUGCUGUGCACUGGCAUUCAAAUUAACCUUGGAAAGUCAAUUGAGUGA